AUGGACCUCUCGCAUGCCCGACCGCCUUCGCAGCAGCAGUUCUUUGCGAGUCAGGCACGGCUCAGCUUGGUGCCGUCGAGCACAUCGCCUCGGAUGACGUUCAAGAGUACUGACCUUCGAAGUGCGUUGCAUCUACAUGAGGCACAUACGCGCAAAGUUUAUAUGGAAGGAUACCUGCUUGUUCGUCAUACCCUGGCUGUGGAUGGUCAACCUGACCACCGCGCCGAUCACUUUUCUACAUGGACCGAGUGCUAUGUACAGCUUUACGGGACGACUCUCAGCAUCUGGGACGCCCAUGCGCUCGACGUGGCAGCCCAAGAGCAGCGGGACGUAGUGCCCACGUUUAUUAAUGUUAUGGAUGCAUUGGUCGACUAUGUCGGCAUGCAUGUGGAUACCACCCUGCUCGAGCCACAAAAGCGUCAGACACUGUACCAUGUAUUCGCUGUCAACUCAGCAGGGAGCAACAAGAUCCUCUUUGGCUUCCAUGUUCCCCCGCCCUGUGAUCCUACGAAAGUCGAGCAGCGGCUAUCGCCCAAGAACGAACGUCACCCCGAGCACCGUCCUGUGGUGGAAUGGUUCCAGCUGGGGAACAGGUACCUGCAGACAUGGAUCAAUGCGAUCCGUCUCUCUUCCUGGGAGCGUACACGUCUGGAUGAAAUUUACACAGGCGCGCUCAUCCGUGCCCGACUGAGUGCCGUGCGCAAUACGGAUAGCGUGAAAAUCGAAGACUUGGAGAUUCGUUCUCCUUUGGUGCGUGGACAGCAUGAAGGCUGGGUACGUGCACGUUUCAUGGGCUCGACUGAGUGGCGGCGAUGCUGGGUGGUCUUGCGUUCUCACUGGUCCGACGAGGAUCACACGUCGAGUGGAUUGAAGCGGUUCUUACGGUUCGGUGAGCGUGGCUCUCGGUUUUCUUUGCAUAGCCCCAUGCACGACACGCAAUCCAUGAUGCCGCCAACGCCGCCGCAGGGCGUGAUUGCGUCCCCAGCGGUGGCCUACUUUUAUGAUACCAAACGUAGUCGACAGCCCUUUGCGAGUCUAUGGCAUGUCCGACAUGUUUAUGCUGUCUACCCAUCGCGAGCUGACUUGGUCGAAGAUUCUGUGCUUUUCAAGGCGGAAGGGUCCUUACCGCAAUCCCGUAUUGUCUCUGCUACGCACCGACCCCGCACCUCCGGCUGGGUUAUGUUCAUGCCUGACCUGCCGCCGCAGUCUGUGCGCGGUGCGAAUGCUGAAAUGAUGAAAUGGGUCAUUGCGAUGAUGGAUGCAUUCCGCUUGUAUGGUCGUCCGGAACGCUUUGUAUGGGAUCCUCGUCACCCCGACUCGCCGUUCUUUGCGUACCCCAUUGGGCCGUACAAAGACCAUUUGUUCCUGGACCGCACAUUGGCAGAGUACUUGGACAUCACAGUGGAAGACCAUGUGGCGACACGUCAAAUGCUCCACGAUCUGAUGGCCGCGCGAAUGCGUGGUGAAAAUACGACAAUGCUACCUGCUUUGCCGGACAUCCCGCGGUACCCGUCGCAGCCUACGGUCGCCCAGGCAGAGGUCCCUACGCAGGAGGUUGUGCCAUCAGAUGAGGUGCCUACCACGGAGACGGCGCAGGAGCCCGUGUACGAUACGACGAAUGCCCCUGCUGAGGAAGCGUGGUCGAUCCCGACGUCGACAACUGUGCCUCCGGACGUGGCAAGUUCUACGCCUGACGCUGUCACAG